AUGGUACCACCAAAUUUAUUAGUGAAUUCCGGUGGUGAUUCUGGUCUUGUUAAUUGGCCACAAACUGGUCCAGCAACAGCUAUUCAAGAUACUGGUGGAACGAUUAAUACUGGUUAUAACCCACGAUCGAGUGCUGGAAUGUUUUCUGGUGGUUAUGGGUCAGGUGGAUCAUCAGCAGGUCUUUAUCAAAUUGUCAAUCUAUUUGGUGGUAUACACAAUUUUAAUGCUGCUUAG